AUGGCGGACUCCGGGCCCUCCCUUUGCAGCGUACUUAACCCACAUGCUUGGUUCGACCCGCAAAGGCUACACCCCGAAGUGGAGUCCCUGAUCUACUGGCGGUCGGCGGCGCGGUCAGGUGCGGCACUGGGCGCAGGCCUGGCGCUGCUGGUGGCGCUGGCCUGCUGCUCCGUGGUAUCCGUGCUGGCCUACAGCUCGCUGCUCGCGCUCUCCGCCGCCGUCGCCUUCCGCAUAUACAAGAACGUGCUCCAAGCCGUGCAGAAAACUAAUGAGGGACAUCCCUUCAAAUGGCUGUUGGAGAAAGACAUUAGCGUGCCGGCGGAGCGCGCGCAGUCGCUGGCGGCUGCCGCCACCGCGCACCUCAACGCAGCCCUGUCAGAGCUCCGCAGGUUGUUCCUGGUGGAGGACCUGGUUGACUCGUUGAAGUUCGGCGUGCUGCUGUGGUGCCUCACCUACGUGGGCGCAUGCUUCAAUGGCAUCACGCUUAUUAUCCUUGGCUGGAUAGCGCUUUUCACGCUGCCCAAGGCGUACGAGAUGAACAAGCCGCAGGUGGACGCCAACCUCGAGCUGGCGCGCGCGAAGAUCAACGAGAUCUCCGCUAAAGUGCGGGCGGCCGUGCCUAUCGGCCGGAAGGCGGAGAGCGAGAAGGACAAG